GUCGGCUGUUGCGAUGCGUGAUGCUGCUGCGACCGUUGCUUGUCUAUGGGAGUUCUCGCUCGUAUUGAAUUAGUGGCGUUAUAUUUUAUGAUCAGUGAAUUAAGAAUAAUUAAUUCAAUUUUAUGUAUGACAGUGAAUAAAAUAACUAUUUAAAAAUGGCAUUGGAGGGUGUGAAAAGUGAAAAAAGUGAGGAAAACAACGGCAAUGUACCAGACGGCAAGGCAAACGGGAUCGACAACAAAAGUAAACAGAUAGAUCCAAACACAGCGUUCCUCCGAGCUGCUCGUGGUGGUCAACUCGAUACUGUUGUGGACUUGCUCGACUCCAGCGCAGUUAAAGACAUCAAUACAUGUAAUUCGAAUGGAUUGAACGCAUUACACUUAGCCGCUAAAGAUGGACACAUUGCAGUAGUCGAAGAAUUACUAAAACGUGGUGCCACAGUUGACGCAGCCACUAAAAAAGGCAAUACAGCUCUUCAUAUAGCAUGUCUUGCUGGACAAGAAGCAGUAGCGCGGGCGCUCCUCGGCGCAGGCGCAAAGGCAGAUGCACAAUCAGCCGCAGGGUUCACACCACUGUAUAUGGCAGCUCAGGAAAAUCAUGCAGGCUGCGUCAAAAUGCUGCUUGCAGCUGGUGCCAAUCAGACUCUAGCAACAGAGGAUGGUUUUACACCGCUUGCGGUGGCAAUGCAGCAAGGUCACGACAGAGUCGUAGCAGAGUUACUCGAAUCAGAUACAAGGGGUAAGGUGCGGCUGCCGGCGCUACAUAUUGCCGCUAAAAAGAAUGAUGUAAAAGCGGCGACGCUAUUACUCGAAAACGAACACAAUCCUGACGCAUGUUCAAAAUCAGGUUUUACUCCCCUCCACAUUGCAGCGCAUUAUGGUAAUGUGGGAGUAGCCAAAUGCUUACUAUCGUCCGGUGCAGACCCAGGUAGAGCCGCCAAACACAAUAUAACUCCCCUUCAUGUGGCUAGCAAGUGGGGACAGUUGGCCAUGGUUGAUCUACUUGUGGAAAACGGUGCGAAUAUAGCAGCGAUGACACGUGAUGGUUUAACGCCAUUACAUUGUGCGGCGCGUUCAGGUCACAGUAACGUGGUUUCCCGUCUUCUACAACAUGGCGCUCCCAUAACGAGCAAGACCAAGAACGGUCUUACCCCUCUCCACAUGUCCGUGCAAGGCGAACACGUGGAGACGGCCAAGGUGCUUCUAUCAGAAGGCGCUCCUAUUGACGACGUCACAGUAGACUAUCUGACCGCGCUACAUGUGGCCGCACAUUGUGGACACGUUAAGGUAGCGAAACUUCUUCUGGACAAAAAUGCGGACGCGAACGCACGAGCCCUCAAUGGCUUCACGCCGUUACACAUCGCUUGUAAGAAGAAUAGGCUCAAGGUGGUCGAACUACUGCUUAAAUAUGGUGCAAGCAAAUCGGCAACGACGGAGUCCGGGCUGACGCCGCUGCACGUGGCGUCGUUCAUGGGCUGCAUGAACAUCGCGCUGGUGCUGGUGGGCGCGGGCGCGGACGCCGACGCGGCCACGGCGCGCGGGGAGACGCCGCUGCACCUCGCCGCGCGCGCGCACCAGACCGACCUCGUGCGCGUGCUGCUCAGGAACAACGCCAAGGUGGAGGCGCGCGCGCGCGAGGAGCAGACGGCGCUGCACGUGUCGGCGCGGCUCGGCCACGGCGACAUCGCGGCGCUGCUGCUGCAGCACGGCGCCAGCGUGGCGGCCGCCACCAAGGACCGCUACACGCCGCUGCACAUCGCCGCCAAGGAGGGAAAAGAAGAAGUCGCUGCCAUCCUUCUAGAUCACAAUGCUCCAAUAGAAGCGGAGACCAGGAAAGGGUUCACUCCACUCCACUUAGCCGCUAAGUAUGGAGACAUAGGAGUGGCCAGGCUCCUGCUCGCUCGCGGGGCGCAGCCCGACGCGCCCGGGAAGAGCCACAUCACGCCGCUACACAUGGCCACGUACUACGGCCAUCCCGACAUCGCCCUGCUGCUACUGGAUAAAGGUGCCUCCCCACACUCGCUGGCCAAGAACGGACACUCAGCGCUACACAUCGCGUGUCGACACAACCAUCCGGACAUCGCGUUUGCGCUUUUGGAACACGAUGCUGACCCAGGAGUCAAAUCUAAAGCCGGUUUCACACCUUUGCACAUGGCGGCACAGGAAGGUCACGAGGAUUGCGUCGAGAUGCUCAUCGAACGUGGGGCCGAUGUCAAUGUCCCAGCUAAUAAUGGGCUGACCCCCGUGCACCUGGCGGCGGCGGAGGGGCGCACGGGCGUGCUGCGCGCGCUGCUGGGCGCGGGCGGGCGCUGCGGCGCGCGCACGCGGGACGGGUACACGCCGCUGCACGCCGCCGCGCACCACGCGCACCUCGCCGCCGCGCGCGCGCUGCUCGACGCCGGCGCCGACGUGGGCGCGCGCGCCGCGCACGGUUUUACGCCUCUGCAUCAAGCCGCUCAACAAGGACACACUCUCAUCAUACAACUUCUGCUGAAAAGCAACGCCGAUCCGAAUGCUCUAUCUGCGAGCGGGCAGACGGCGUGCGCGCUGGCGGACCGGCUCGGCUACAUCAGCGCCGUGGAGGCGCUGCGACCGCUCACCGAGAACACGCUCAGCCAGGCCGUCGGCGACGGUGGUUUAGAAGGCAAAUACCGGGUCGCGGCACCUGAACUCAUGCAGGACACAUUCAUGAGCGACUCCGAAGACGAAGGCGGAGAGGUUGAGUGUCCAAUUCAGCAACAGCAACAGUACCGCUACAUGAACAGCGAGAUAGGCACGUUGAACAGGGCUCGCCCGCUUGAGGACAGUGUUACCGAUGGACAUCUCUGGCCGAGCAACAAUGACAGCCGAGUGGCCACCAUCGAGCGACAGCCGCUCGACAUCGGAUUUCUGGUGUCGUUCGUGGUCGACGCCCGUGGAGGUGCCAUGAAAGCGAAGAGACGAGGAGGAGUUCGUAUCAUCGUCCCCCCGGCCGCCUGCGCCGCACCCACCAGAGUUACAUGCCGUGCGGCAACGAGGCGUGCUGCUGCCACAGCUGCACCCCCACCACUUAUGGAAGGCGAGGCAUUAGCUUCGAGGUUGCUUGAGUUGCAACCACAGGGGGCCAAGUUCUUAGCGCCAGUAAUCAUCGAAGUUCCCAUCUUUACGGCGUCAUGCCCAGAACGUGAGAUCAUUAUACUAAGAUCGGACACCGGCGAGACCUGGCAAGACCACUAUCUACACAACAACGACAACGCUAUGAUACAGGAGGCGCUGGCGCGCGAGCGCGAGGAGCACGGCUGCGGCGGCGAGCGGCUGGGCGAGGGCGGCGAGCGCGUGACGCGCAUCGUGACGUGCGACUUCCCGCACUACCUGGCCGUGGUGUCGCGCGUGCGCCAGGAGGUGCACAUCAUCGGGCCCGAGGGCGGCACGGUGUCGUCGGCGCACAUCCCGCAGGUGCAGGCGCUGUUCCCGGCGCAGGCGCUCACCAAGCGCAUCCGCGUGGGCGUGCAGGCGCACGGCGCGGACGCGGCGCUGCGCGCGCGCGUGCUGCCGCGCCUGGCCGCCGUGUCGCCCGUCAUCACGGUGGAGCCGCGCCGCCGCAAGUUCCACCGCAGCAUCACGCUCACCGCGCCGCUGCCGCAGCACAAGGACCACAAGAUCAACACUCACGACAAGCAGUGCACGACGAACCUCCGUCUCCUGUGCUCUAUAAUGGGCGGCCAGGCUCGCGCGGUGUGGGAGGACGUCACCGGCUCCACUCCGCUGACCAUCACCGACGACUGUGCUUCCUUCACCACCACCGUUUCUGCCAGGUUUUGGCUGAUGAGCUGCCCAAAUAUUAGUGAAGCGACUAAACUAGCGACGGAAUUGUACAGAGAAAUGUUACUGGUGCCGUUUGAAGUUCGCAUCGUAGUGCUCGGCAAGCGACUGGACGCGCUCGAGGGCCGCCUCCUCGUGCUGUACAUCACCGACAGAUACGCCUACGAUACGCUGCUGCAUCAGGAGCACUACACAGAGGUGGCUCACUCGACAGCAGUGCGGUUCCUCGACAGCAAGCCAGUAUACCUGGAGUUCUCCGGUAACCUCGUGCCCGUCACGAAAUCCGGCACUCAACCCACGUUCAUAUUCGAGGCUUUUAAAGAUAACCGCGUAGAGUUCACCGUACGCGUGAAACACAGCGAGGAGAAUCCCUCCGGCAGGAUCUACUUCAUGAAUGAACCUAAGGCGGCGAAGGGCGAACAGGCAGCGAGUCCGGCGUGCGUGCUGGACGUGGCGCUGCCCGAGCGGAUCGCGCCGCGCGCCGCCAAGAGCCACCUCGACUGCCUCAACCUCGACCAGUCCGGAUUCGAUGCGCUCAAGGACGAACUAAGCUUCCACUGGGGCGACCACAACCACAGCAUCGGUCCGCCGCCCAUACCGCAGGAGCCCGGCCCGCAACUCAACGGACACGAUAAAACUAUUGCUAAUGGUGAUGUGAAAUAUCCAACGAAAGAGACAGAAGAAGAUAAGGACGACAAACCCACUGUAAAUGGUGGCACUCUCCACGUUGAUUCGAAUAAAACAAAAGCUACCUUUGAUUCUGAUGAAGAUAAAACUCCGAUGAAUACGCUCGAAAAAGGUAAAAAGAAAUCCGAGGGAGGUUCAUUUUUAGGCGGAUUAGCUGACAAAGUUAAAAACGUAUUCGGUCACAGCGAAGACAAAGAAGACAUUAAGGAAUCUUCUCCUAAACCACAACCCAAGCCGCGAGAAUCUAAAGAAAAAACGCCACCUAAACCAGCACCAAGACUUAUUACAGAAGACCUAUUGGAGAAAGUUGAAGAUAUGUUCAAAGAUGUGCGUCAAAAACCACACCUUAAAGACGAAGAUGACAUUAACAAUCAAGUAUAUGCAACUAAACUUAUCGUUGAUGAAGAAGAAUGUCCUGAUGUGCGCAGUAAAACAGAAGAAGUAUAUCAUCAAUAUGAACAUAUGCAACCAGUAGACACCCCGUUGCAUUGCAAAGUAAGCGAUCCAUUCCAAUUUUACACAGGCUGCUGUGAAGGCAAAUACAAGAGAGGCGAAAAACAUCGCCAUGAUGAAACUUCUAAUUUGUCCGACAUGGUCGAACAAGUUAAAUUUGCUGCACAUGAAAAACUUCAAGAAGUCAGUGAUAGCGCUGAAAAUGAUCUUAAAGAAGCCGCAGAUAAGACAAAAAAAGAGAAAGAUAACAUUUUACAGCAAGCUGGUGAAAUCAAAGAAGAUAUUAUUGUUAAAUCAGAAAAUAUCAAAAACGAUUUAAUUAACCGGAAAGAAGACCUCCAGACAAAUAUUCAAGAUGAUGUACGAAAAGCUAACAAUACAAUCAACGAUCAGCUUAAUAAUUUAUCAGAAACGGCUGAUAAAAUAAAAGAUAAUGCGAAUGAACUACAUUCUGAUGUUAAUUCUGACGUAGAAAAUAAAAAGUCUUCUGCAAAUAAUACCAUAAGUGAAUUAGUUAAAAUUGCUGAUAACACUGAAGAUAAUAUAAAAAACAAAGUCCAUCAAUUGGACUUUGCUGCAAUGGAAAGGGCUGAGGAAAUGAAACUCAGGGGUCACGAAAAAUUAUCAAUGCUAGGAAAAACAUUUGAACAAACAGAAGAUGACAUUAAAAUCGGCUUAGAUAAAAAAUCAGAUAACAUUAAUCACAAAGCCAACAACAUUAAAAAAGGAGUUGAAGAGGCAAUGGAUGAAAUAAUUGAAGUUUCUGAGAAAAAAGUAAACCAACUAAAAGAUUCUACUGAUGUUAUUAAAAAUAAAGGCCAAAAAGCUGCAGCUGAUGUUAAAUCUAAGGCUAAGGAUAAGAAGGAUAAUGCUAAAUCAGAAGCUAAGAAGAAAACUAAAGAAGGAAAGAAUUUCUUCACUGGGCUUGUCCAAAAUAUUUUUGGAGAAAAAGAGAAAUUGGAAGAUGAAAUUAAAGACAAAAUCACUGAAGGUAAAGAUUCCGCAAAUAAUUUAGCAAAAGAAGCAACUGUGGCCAAGAAUGAUUUACAAAAUAACAUCGCUAAGAAAGAAGAAAACUUGAAGACAAAUGCAGAAAUUGCUUUACAAAGUGCACAAGACAAAAAGAAUGAAUUAUUACAAAACGCAAAAGAUACGAAAAAUGAAAUAGUCAGCGACAUGCAAGAUAAGACGGAACAGUUUGUAGAUAAUGUACAAAAUAAAACAGAAGAUGCUAUUAAAAGUACAGAAAACAAAACCAAUGAAUUUGUAAAAAGUUUGCAUGACAAGAAAGACAAUUUUGUUCAUAACGCUGAAGAAAUCCGUGAUGAAGUCGCACAAAAUGUUCAUGAUCGUAAAGUAGAAGUUGUGCAAAAUAUUGAAAAUAAAAAGGACGAAUCAUUACAAUUUGCGAAAGGCGCAAAGGACAAAAUAAGUCAUACCUUAGAAGAAACGAAAGAGGAAAUAUUACAAAAUGGGCAGGAAAAGAAAGAUCAGAUAAUAGGAAAUUUGCAGAAAACAAGCAAUGAAAUAAUAGAAAAUUUACAAGAUGGGAAAACAACGUUAGAGAAUGCCGUAAUCAACAAAAAAGACGAAUUAAAGAAAACCCUUAACGACAAGGCAGAAGUUGUUAAAAAUGAGCUCGAUCAAUCUAAAAUUGCUAUAGACACCGUUGUAAAUGAAAAGAAAAAUGAAGCAUUCAAUGCCAAAAAUAUUCUACAAGAUUCCGCAGAAGACAGAUUUAAUAGGAUAAGGCAAGAAGCAGAACAAACGACAGAAGAAAUUAAAAGAUCUGCAGAGGAAGUGUUAAAUGCUGCAACUGAACAUAAGUAUAAUGCAGAAAGUAAUGUCACUAAUAAAUUCAACGAAAUUAAAGAUUAUGGAAAAGAUGAAAUAGAAAGGCUUGAUCAAGUUGCUAAAGCAAAAGGAAAAGAAAUACAGAAGUCAGCAAAAGUAACAUUUGGUCAAGUUCAGGAAUCUGCCUCCAGUGCUUUCGACCAGCUCGAAUGUACCGCGAAGGAUAAAAUGAACGACACCCAUGAAACAUAUGAAGAUUUACAAAGUUCGGCCCGAGAUACCUUUGCAGAUUUACGAGACGAUGUUCAUGGUCUAGAAAGCUCUGCACAGGACACACUACACAGUUUUCAGAGUUCCGCAGGUAACACAUUCGACAGUCUAGACGAUUCUGUACGGGAAUAUAUCGGUGGCGCACAAAAUACUAUUUCUAAUGCAGAAGGCGGUACUAAGGAACUUUUUGGAAGUGUCAAAGAUAGUUUUGAAGGUUUCCAAGUAGCAGCUGGCGACAAACUUGAAGAUAUUAAAGGAUCUACGAAAGAUAGGCUAGAGGAGGCUGACGAAAGGUUGGAAAAUGCAAAGGAAGAAAUUAAGGACGGUGUAAAAGAGACGGAAGAAGUGGUUGCUGAAACAGUAUCAAAUGAAGCUGAUAAAUUUACAAGCAGUCUCAAUGACUUGGGCAACUCUGUCUUCGGAAUAUCCGGCAAAGGAUUCAUGAAGGAUUCGAGCUCAAAACUGCUUGAAUCCGAAAAGUCACAAUCUUCGCCCCACAAGAAGAGUUCAGGUUUUUUCUCCAAACUACGCCGCAACCCAUGAAGAUUGAAGAAUACACCGUUGGUCUCGACUAAACCGUUAUUUUAAAGUAUGCGAUGCAACUUUCAUAACAAAAUGUUAUUAGUAAUUUUAGAGUCAAAAUAAUUUAAAUAUUACACGUAUGUGUUGUUGAUUGAUGUAUUGAAAAUAAAAGAGUAGAUAUAAUUGAGUUAUGGAGUAAAUUUCAAUUUCAGUAAAUUAUAUUAUAGCGAGUGAUUUAUUAAUAUAGUACCUGAAUAUUGGGUUCUGACAACUUGAUUUCGAAUGCUGUGGAGAGCUCAUUUGUGUCUUCAAAUUUCAUCAUUUUUUUUACAAAUUUCUUUUUAAUUUUUGACUAUUUAUAGGAUAAGUUAUAUAUUUAUAAAUGCGGUUUAUAUAUAUGCAUUAAACCGUUUCCAUUGUAUAAGAAAUAUAAAAAUAUUAUUAACAAUAAUAAUAAUUUUGCCCACCUAGUGGUGUUGAAGCCAGUUUUACUAUUUUUGUAUAGUUUAUAUUUAAUAUUUAUACUCUGUUCAUAAAUACGGUGCUGGAAAACAUGGCAUUGAAGAUUGGGAUCUUAUUGUAACACGUUAAAAAAACCUUAAUAUCAAAAUAUUAAUGACAGCAGGCAUUUGACAAAACAGAAUUUACACUAAUCUGAGUACCUAGAGAAGCAAGUUCAAUGCCUGCUAAUGUACUAUAGUACAUUCAAAGUUAUUUAAAGUUUCAAAAAAUAUAAAUUUGAUAUAUUGUCACACUAUUUAUAUUUUUGCACUAUUUCAUUUAUGUAAUGUAUUGUAUUUCUCUGUCAUUUUGUAUAUUAUGCAAAAUGUAUAAGAGUAAAAGUAAAGUUGAUAUAUUAACAAACUCGUUUCUACCAGUUAUCUUAUGGUGCAAGCAAUAAAGGUGUUUUUCGUGUGUCACACAGAUACACAAAAAAACAUCGGCUAUAAAAAUUCGGAUGAAUAGAUAUUGGUGCAAAAAAUGUUUACAAACAAAUUUUUGUACAACAAUUUUUAAUAAAUGUGACAUUAUUAAUAAAUAAUAAGUGGUGUCCUUUAAUAAUUCUAAAUGUUUUUUAAAAUGUAAUUUCUUUAAAAAAUUUUUGCUAAGAUUUGAGAAAUAUUUUAUAAUAAAGUUAAUGUCACUGAUAUUUCUUUCUUAUUUAAAAUAAUAUAAUUAAAACAGAAUAUAAGCAUAAUACAAGAGAAGAUUACUUAAUAAUACUUAAUUGUCUAUUAUAGAAUGUGAAAAAAACGUGGGAAAAAUAUGUCAGUAAAACUAAACUAAAUCCCAAAUAUGCUGUUUUAUAUCAUUCGCAGUAAUUGUUGGAAAUACAUAAACUCUUCAAUUGCAUAUUUUCUCUUGUAUUAUCCGCUAAAAUCUUAUAUUAUGUUUUAGGGGUUUUUAGCAGAUUUGUUUUAUUCCUAUAUUUAUUUUAGACUAAUGUUUUAAAUAUAUAUUACGUUUUAAUUAACAUAGUAAAUCCCAAUCAAAGCCUACUAAAAUUCUGAAUGUACUGUGAUGCCAAAAUGAAAUGAAGAUUAUGUAAAAAGUUAAACUUUUGUUAAUUUAUUAAUAGAGUCUAUUAUCACCAUAUUUAUUGCUUUUAGUAAUAAA